AUGGCCGACGCCCUGACUGCUCUACAACUCAUGGAUGAUUGCGCGAACUACGCCGUCGACUGCUAUAUCAAAUCCCUGGCCAAUUCCCUUCAGCUGCCCUGUCCUUUACCCGUCACAUCAGAAGAGAUUCCUAAGGGCUUCCUCGCCGAACUUAGGAUGCUGGCAUACCGAGCGUCUGAGGCGGUCCAAAAUCCUAUUGAGCUUCCAUGGGAUAAUCUUACGUAUGGCACGGCAGUGGGCGGCCAGAACGGCGGAAAUGCAGCGUUUGAAGCCGCCCUGCAAGAGGGUUUCCCGCCGUUGGAGCCUGUCCGCGUUAUUUCUGAUCCUGCAACAAUCGUGGAUCCUAGAGGAGAGGCGAUUGCCUGGCUUUUACCCAACGCGAUUACGGAGGAACGUCAGGAUCAGAUAGCCCAGACUGCGCCCUUGCUGGCUGACGCUCUGAAUGCCCAUCCUCCUAAAGUACCUGACCCAGCACGUGCUCCCAAGGAUCCGACUGCGGCGUGGCGGAACUCGGAAUAUCUCUUUGCUGUGGAGGACAGGCCGCUCUACUUUGGCCGUGGUUCCACGACAUUAUCGCCUGCGUGGAUGGCGCAAGGUUUGGAAGGCCUGCUGGAUCCUCUAUACGUGUCACGAGACCUUGCCGCCAAGCCAGGCAAAGCAGAUAGUAGGCGUCAACUGUCGGCGCAAGCUUGGAUCGGUGAAAACAUUGAACUGGGCCUGCUGUUAUCUUCCGCCCUCGCCAUCACGCAUCCGGAACAGUACUACGAGACUAAACAGUCGUUGGCUAUACUCGCGUCACACGAGCCGCACUCCCAACACCUGCAGACAUGGACAUUCGCUUUCAACGUGGUCACCAUUAUUGCUAACCGCAUGACCCCGCUACAUCGUGAUCGCGCAAGUGGGGCUCGAGAGCUGUACGACGUGCUUUUCACCCUGGGAGGCGACAGACAUACGACUUUGUCGUUGCCAGGCCUUGGCGUCCGCUUCCAAUACGAUUCAGGCGCUGUGGCCUUAUUCUCAGGCUCCACACAUCUACACCACGUGUCCCCAUUCGUAAUGGAGCACCUUUGCAUCGCCUGCUACUCACGCCCGGCCGUCCAGGCCAAACUAGGUCGCCGUCACCCUCAGGCUCCCACUGUCGCUGGAACUAUGCCGGAAGGCUGGAGCGAGGCGCUCUGGCGCCAGCGCAACUACUGA